UCUUCUCAUUUACAGAUUGCUUUGAUAUACCUAAAAAAUUUAUUAAAAUCUACCAUAAAUUUUGGUCAAUUUAACCUUAUAUAAAUCUCUAAAAUUAUCAAAGUCACUUCACUCAUUCAAGUGUAAAAAGAGUUUUCUCAUUCACACUAAUCAAAAGCAUCUUCACUCAUUUCCCACUUCUUCCUGCUUAUUAUAAGCUCAAACAACUUUAUAAAUAUGUAUUGAAAAAUUAUAAUCAUGUAUGAAAUUCUCCCUAAAAUCAAUGAUUUUCAUGAUAUCCAAAAAAUCCCAUCAUCAUCUCAAAAUGUCCAAUCUCAAUUCCAAAAUUCAGCAAUUUUUGCUGGAGGAAGUUUUUGGGUUCUUGAAUCUGCAUACGGGAAUAACAAUGGAGUUACAAAAACUUCUACUGGUUAUUUUGGUGGAAGCCUUAGAAACCCAUCAUAUAAAGAAGUGUGUGAAGGAGGAACAAGUCAUACAGAAGCUGUCAAAUUAUCAUAUGAUAACAGAAUCAUUUCAUUUUCAUCACUUUGUGAUUAUUUCUGGAACACCCAUGAUCCUACCAACAAGGAUUAUCUUAAUUUUGGGUUAAGUACCCAUGAAAACUCAGUGAUUUAUUACUCAACAGAGGAGGAGAGAAAAGAAGCACAAAAAUCAAAGAUUAGGAAGCAAAUGAGGCUUAACAAAAGAAUUGUCACAAAGAUUUUGCCAAUGGAAAAUUUUGAAUUCUUUUUGGCAGAAAAUAAGCACCAAAAAUACUAUUUGCAGAAGUACUAUAGACUUUGUGGAAGUUUGGGUUUAAGGAGCACAGAACAAUUUGUGGAGUCAAAUAUUGCUUGCAAACUCAAUGGGAUUUUAGGGAUGAGUGAAAACCAACGAGUUGAUGAACUUGCAAGAUUUCUGAAAAUUCAAAAGCUGCCAAAUCAUGCAGAGUUAGAUUGUGAAGAGAUUAUUAAAGAUUCAAGAGUUAUGGUAGAGAAUUAAAACAUUAAUUUAUAGAGUGUGUUUUGGCCUUUUGGGUGGAAUAGUUAUACCAUGUUAUGUAAUAUGCAUAAUGGUAUAGACUUCAACAAGAAUGAUAUUGUGUUAAUUUUUAGAUUUAUAUGAAAAUGGGCCUGGGUAACCCAAUAAGGAGGAGGAGAGUUUAGUCCACUUACAAGCUAGGAGGUUCCAUCCUAAAACCAAUUGGUGAUAGGAGGAGUAACUCCUCAUCUUAUAAAGUGGUUUAUUCUCUUCUCUUUCUCCAAUGUGGGACACUCACAAGUGGGCAUUUCAUGGGUUUCAACAUAUCGACUAUACAAAUAAUGACAUAUUUUUAUGUCAUUUGAGUUCUUCUUACAAAAGAAGCAUUAGUUUGUAGCUUGUAACGCCAUAAAGUAUGAUGUAACAAUUAUAUUCAAUAAUUUGUGUAAUUUUAUA